CCUUGUCCCAUUUGUUGGAUUAUUAAAAAUAUAAUUGUUUUUAGUGAAAAUAAAUUCUUUUUAAUUUGUUUCUUAGUUACAUAACUCGGUUAAAUGUGAUCUGUAUUCCGGCACCGAUCGAUACUAUUUUCAGUUCAAUACUUGUGGCAUCAAGAAUCUAACAGUUUUUUAUCGAAGGAAACAUCAAAUGCUAAAAGCGAUCUCUCUUUGGCGUUCUUCACUCACCCUGAAAUCCGUUCAAACCCCAAUAAACCCUUCCCUAAUUCAACAUCCCCCUUCCUGUUUCUUUUCAAACUCACCUGUUUUACACAGAAGACAUCACAAAGAUAGUGACUUUAACAAUGGUGAUGAUGAAUUGAACACGGAUCCCGAUGGUCCACCGAGAAUCUUCGUUGUCCAGCCGAGGCUUCGGCCCGACUCCUUUUUGAAAGCUAAGCUUCAUGAAGCAUUAAAUUUGGCGAAUUCUCUUGAUGAGCAACGAGAUGGGUUUUAUGACACCGAGUUCUUGGCCAAAGAAAUGCCUCCUCAUCUUGUUGUUCAGAACCCCACUGCCAGGGCACCUCGUGCAGAUACACUUUUUGGAGCAGGGACAGUGAAAAAUGUCAAAUGCCAUUUAAAUGCUUUAGAAUCCAAGGAUGGAGUGGAUGCUAUUUUUGUAAAUGCUAUUCUCACUAGUAUUCAGCAGCGAAAUUUGGAGAGAGCCUGGGGCAAGCCUGUUUUGGACCGUGUAGGUCUCAUAAUAGAGAUAUUUAAUGCUCAUGCUCAGACAAAGGAAGCAAAGCUACAGGCUGAGUUAGCAGCUCUAAUGUACAAGAGGAGCAGGCUUGUUCGUGUGCGCGGGUCCGAUGGGCGUUAUACCUUUGGUGGGAUUGGGGAAGCGGAAGUUGUCAGUGCCAGAGGGAGAGGAAGUGGAGGGCGUGGUUUUAUCAGUGGUGCUGGAGAAACUGAACUUCAGCUUCAACGACGAAGAAUCUUGGAACGACGAAAACACUUGUUAUCUGAAAUUAAAGAAGUUAGAAGGACAAGAGCUUUGCAACGGGCUGCUCGCAAGAGACAAAAAGACUCACAAGGAAAAGAAAUUGCUACUGUUGCAGUAGUUGGUUAUACAAAUGCUGGGAAGUCCACGCUAGUUAGUGCGCUCUCAAACAGAUAUCUUUACUGUGAUGAUCGAUUAUUUGCAACAGUUGAUCCGAAGUUGAGUAGUGUUAUUCUUCCAUCAGGGAGGAAAGUGCUUCUCAGUGAUACUGUUGGAUUUAUAUCAGAUUUGCCUGUUCAGCUAAUAGAAGCAUUUCAUGCAACGUUGGAAGAGGUUGUUGAAGCAGACCUUCUUGUGCACUUGCUGGACUCCAGUACACAAAAUCUUGAUGAACAUCGGGAAACUGUGUUGCAUGUUCUUGGGAAGAUAGGAGUGUCUGAGGAUAAGAUUCAGAAUAUGAUUGAAGUUUGGAAUAAGGUACACCUCUCUCUCUCUCUCUCUCUCACACACACCGAUGAUAGGGAGAAUCACUCCAGUUUUAUUGUAAAUCUACUGAAAAUGAAAUUUCUGCCGAACACAUUGUCUAGUGCUCAUCUCUACUCUCCAUUCGAGAACUUUAGGCAGUUGUAG